GCGUUUUAUUUAUAAAAAGCAAGGUAGCGAGAAGACAGUUUGUCUGGUAUCAAAUUUUCCCAUGAUUUCAUCUUAAGAAAUCCAAAGUAUUUUCAUUGCAAAUUGGCCAUUUGCUUACCGCACACUACACGAAAUAUUCAUUCUACCGUCCAAAGCUCCAGAUGCUCAUCUGCGGAAAUGGAAAUGAAAAAGGUGCUCGAGCAGGAAGGACGCGAUGCGAAGAAUUUGAUGCUGUAUCAGCUAGUUGUUGAGGAGGAUGCGAACAAUAAAUCGCCUGCCGCUAAAAAGCCUCCCGUCAUUCCAAAAUUAUUACCAAACAUUCCAACAAUCAAAAAGCAAUCUCAACAAAAUGCUAAGCCGACUUCAGGACCUAGAGUUCGAAGCGCAUCCACCGGUCGCGACAAGAAAUCCGAGUUGCAAGCUCGUUAUUGGGCUUUGUUAUUUGGUAAUUUGCAGCGUGCUGUAGAUGAAAUUUAUCAAACAGUUGAAUGCUAUGAGAAUAUGUCGUCCUGUCAAGAAGCAAUAUUAGUAUUGGAAAACUACAUUCGUGAUUUCAAAGCUUUAGCAGAGUGGUUUAGAGUAUCAUGGGAUUAUGAAGCUACGCCUUUACCACAGAGACCCCACUCAUUAGCUUGGGAAGUAAGAAAAAGUAACCCUACUCCUAGAAUUAGAACAAGAAGUCUGUCUAGUCCUACAGUAUCGGGAAAAUCAAGCCCAUGCUUUUCUGGAAAAAGCAGUCCAUGUUCAACAGUGGAAGAUGGGAAGGGGACACCUAGGAAAAAUUUGCGGUUAGGAACUGAACAACAAGUAGGGCUUAAAUCUGGAAGAGUAAAUAUACGUGAUUUGUUCUCAAAGGAUCAAACGAAAAGAAAUCUAGAUGCAAAGAACGCAGAAAAUAAUACCAAGACAAAUGUAAAAGUUCAGGAAAGCCACAUGGACAACGAUAUGUCUAAGAACUUAGAUAUUACGAAGUUAAGUUGGAAUGAUCGUGUCGAAUUACAAUCAAUGGAUAUAGUUCAGGACGAUAAUGAUCAAAAGUCUGGAGCAAUUGAGCAAGCAGAAGAAACACCACAAAUUGUCAAACAUGAUAAGUAUGCGCAGACAGAUUUAGAGGACGAGAAUCUUACCCUUGCAGAAAUUCGCGAAAAAAUGCGAUGUGCCGCAGAAGAGCAGAAGCACACAGAAGAAUCAAAUAUUGGGCAGCCAGAAACAAUUGUCAGAGAACCUACGGCGGUAGAAUUAACGAUCCAAAAGUUGGAUGAAAUGGAGAAUGCAUUUCUAGUUACAGAAAUAAAAGGGAAUAAUAUGGUUGAUAUCAAUUCCAAGCAAGAUUUACCACAAAUAGCGGAAACUGUCACAUCGCACCCAUGUUUAUCGCAAAAGUCUGAUUUACUGCACUCACCUAAAAUUGUUGAUACGAAAAAAUCACAAAGCAGCCCAAUGAAAUAUUCUAGUAUUCUAAACCGCCCGGCUACUGCCGGCACACCGAUUAAGGCUACUCCUGUUCAACGAGUCGUUGGCAGAUCUUCAAGACCACAGUCUGCAGCUCAGAAGCCAGCAUUUAAUAAUUUGACAUCCGGUACUAAUUCAGCUAAACGUGCUCCUCCUAAAAUAGUUACAAUGACUCCUGCCAGUAACCGUAACGACAAAAAUUCGAGUCGAAGUUCAGUUCUAGUUCGAAAUACUUCAAAUCUAGCAAAAUCUGAGAAGUGCAUUCCAUCUAAUGUAGCAAAUCGCUUAUCAGCUAGAUCGAAGACUAUGAUUGAUAUGAAUGACAAAAACAGUAGACUUUCGAGGCCUUCUAUUAUAAGUUUUAGCAAAUUUUCUAAAGAGGACAUCAAUAGUUCAAGUUCAACGUUAAAAGCUAGUAAUGAACAAAUUGGAGAUUCCAAGACAAGCCUUUAUGAUAGCAAUCGUAGCGACAGAAUCCCGGAUUUUGAUAGGAGAUCAGAACCGAAGCAAGUAACAUCAGAGAAUGGAAGUAACGAUGGUUGGUUGACUGUAAAAACAAGGAGACGGUCAAGCUUACAUUGGGCAAAUAGAUUUAAUCAACCUACCGGAUAUGCAAGUUUGCCCACGCUUUCACUACUCAAUGGGAAAGAGAAAGAUGAGAAUGGGAAGGUACCCACAAAUAAAGAAAAGAAGAUGAACCAUGAAAAGGUCAUGAAAAACAAGUCGGAAACGUCAAAGAGCGAGAAAUCUAAAUCUUUAAAACCUGAAAUUAAAAAUGCAAAGGCUAAAGUGAACUCGCUACCUACAAGGGCCGCCAAUAAAGGACCAGUUACUUCCAAAUCGGCUAGAGAAGCCUCCGAUGUUCCAAAAUCUUCAAAUAAUCGGCAAAAUCUUAUAAAACGACAAAAGUCCGAUUUAACUGGUCUUAAGAUGACCACUUUACAUCGUGAAUUCAUGCGCAGUGAGAAGAUAAACAAGAGUAAUAAAAUUAAUGAAACCGGUGAGCCUCAGAAUUCUACUGACUUACAAAAUUGCUUUGAGGACAUUGAACUUAAUAAAAUCGAUAUUAAAAUUCAAACAAAUCGGGAGUUUUCUAAAACGAUUGGCGAAUUAUAUGACAGUCUCCCGAACAUGACUAACGGUAUUCGGGAAACAGUUCUGUCAAGUUGUGAUGAGGGCGAAGAAAAAGAUGAUACAGAGAGUGAUGAAGAUCAGAGGAAAUUACUGGAAGAACAAGAAAAUUUGGAAAGGCAGAUUCGUGAACUGGAGAAUACAGAAAUAGAUGUCGAUACGGAAACUGAUGAAACGGAUUGUGAAGUGAACGUCGAUUUAGAAGAAAAUAUCAAUGAGGUAUUUACAGAGACAGAUGAUUUUAUUUGUUUUUCAAAUGAUGAAAAUCUAACAUUGGAGCAAAAGUAUCAAGCGCUUUUGUCCGAAAUGUCAGGAGGUGAACGAGAAGAAACCUUAGCAACCCUUCAAGCGUACGUCAGUCGGCAUCCUGGGCGAGCUCAAGAAUUGCAUCAAAAGCUUUCAAGUCCUUCGCGAAGACGAUCUCUUCAGGAAACGUUGAAGAAGUAUCAAAUAAAGCAGGCGAGAGCUCAAGAAAAACGGGAACUUUUACAAAAAGAGAAAUCCUUGAAGAUUCAGCAACUACUCGCAAGAGUUGAGGAUGUUAAGGCUGCUAAGCAACAACUUAUUGAAGAAAAGAGAUUGAAAAUGGAAGAGCGGCUACAACGUGCUGCUGAAAACCGUAAUCAACACCUUCGAGAUAUUAUACGCAAGGCCCACGAUGAAGAAGAAAAACUUAAAGAAAUUGCGUUUAUAAAGAAUUUAGAAGCGCAGAAUAAGCGACUUGAUUUCAUUGAAUCUUGCAAGGAACAGGAAGGUCGCCUCCAAGAUUUAGAACAGGAGCGACAAAAGAAAGCGGAGGAGAAAGCGGCGAAGGAAGCAGCUGUAGAAAGAAGAAGGCAGGAGCUAGAAAAGGCUCGGCAGAGGCGAUUGGAGAAGAUGAAUGAAACGCGUUUGGAGCGAGAACAACGAGUCGGUAAAUUGCAAGAACAACGGGAAAAGCAAAGGCAGGCGAUUGCCCGUGAAAAGGCGAGAGAUCGCGAAGAAAGACUUUUAGCCUUGCAAGUGCAGCAACAACAAAGCGCUGAAGAAUUACAAAGGAAGAUCUUACAAAAGCAGAAAGAAUCAGCGAAACGGCAUGAAGAGAAUAUAGAACACAUUAGACAAAGAGCGCUAGAGCUUACCAUUCCUAACAGAAAUGUCGAUGAAAACGAUCGUGCUGCAAGCGAGGAACGUGAUGAUGGCGGUGAUUUAUCUUCGACGGUAUCGGAUGUUAGCCGUGAGCAUAGCAAAGCCUUUAAGAAGAAGAUAAAGAAGCUGAAGCUGCGAAUGGCACAAAAGACCGAGGAAUAUCUUAAAGAGUUACAACCCGUCCCAUUACACAUGAAACGUGAAAGUCAAGUUCCAAAAUAUUUAAAUUUGGUUAUUAAAGGCGGCGGGGCACAAGGUCUCGAGCGUCCUCUAGGGCAGCUGCUUAGAUUAAUGGCAAAGGCUCAGGUGUCUGAUUUUCAAUGCUUUUGGCUUAUGAAUGGCUUGGGAAUUAUAGGAGAUGUGAUUACAAAUGGAAUGGAACCGAAUUCAGAGACGAGUAAAAGAGCUGUGGUAAUUGCGGUGCAAUUAUAUCGAAACGCGUGCUCUUUAUGCCCACAGAUUGCAAGGCAUGCUAUUUUGGCAAAUUCUAUUACCCUCCUAUUUGAUGCGCUUCUACAAAGUUUACAGCUUCCCGAGGAGAAAUCUCCACAGCAUCCAGUGGAACUCUCAACUGAAUUGAUGCUUGCCUGCACUGUGGCCUUAUCUCCGGUGAAUUCAAUGAAACAGUCCCACCCAAAAGUAGUGGAACGCCUCCCGGAUGUAAUCAGCUAUGCCGUCACAACUGGUCUCAUCGAGGUUUUAUCUCGGCGCUGUAUGAAAAUUCGAGAGUCUAUAGAGAAUUAUCAGAGUGUUGUCCUAUCGCUGCUGGCGACGUUGGGAUUGUUGACGAAAUUUGCAGAAUUAUGUCCUGUUGGUCCGACAGACACAACGAGGUUUUUAGGUGCGGCUAAAUCUACUGAAUUGUUCGGGACAAUACCUUUACUAUAUGCCACUGUAGUUCCGAUAGGUGAAUGCAUCCCACCUCGCACCAUUUCUUUAGCGGCUGCUACCUUCAACCUACUCGUAUCGAUGGCUGUUUUAGAUUUAUCUACGUUCCAAGAAGUCCUGUCAGGAGAGUCGCUAUCAAUGAAAUUCUUAGAUGUAGUUACAAUUUUACUAAAGUAUUGUGGAUCCAAGUGCACUAUAAAUGAAAAAAGUGAGACUCAGGCUGUGAUCAUUGACUUAAUUGCAACGCUAGGUUUCUUCUCCGCUAAUAAUAAGAAAAAUCAGGAGCUCCUUACUUCGGAACAAUGUUCGAUAAUCAUCAAAAGUUUAACAAAGUUGCCACAACACUUCAACGUGGUGAUUUAUCCUACUUUGUUUACGAUCAUCUACGACAACGAUGAAGCUAAGCAGGUGGUAGCUCGUGAUUUUAACGUAGACUUCCUUGAUGAAUACAGCAAAUCCGAGAUUGGGAGGAAGAAUCGUUUAGUGUCUGUGCUCAAACCAAAACAUUAAGUUCGUGUGUAUUAUUACAAUUAAUAUUGGAAGCAGAAAAGUGUACUCAUAGUAACAAAGACCUUAAAACAUUCAUUAGUGAUAAUCAUCAUGCCAUAGGUUUAAACUAUACAUUUGCAUAUAUUUAUAUUGCUUCUAUCGUAUCUUGGAAAAGAGGAGUUAGUUUUCACACUUUAUACGCUAUCGUGGUUUGCUUUUUUGGUCCGGAGAAAGACCCUAAAAUAUUGGAUUUUUACAUGAAGUGAAAAUAUAUAUAAAUAUAUGUCACGACAUUCGAAGAAAAAAAACGAUAUGUGUUACUAAUAUUUAGUCAUUAAUUUAUUAACACCAUAUAAGUGUAUUAUUAAUUUUUUAUAUUUAAUA